AAGACCCCGCUGAAGAGAGGACGGCCGUCACCGCGCUGCGUUUUCAGGAAGCAGAUCAGAAAAUAGAAAACUUCAGUCAUCAUCAUGCAUGUGUGUCACUACCAGAAGAUUUGUGUAAUUUGAAGAGACUUAAGGACAAUAGAAGGCUUGGAGGAAUACAAGAAUUCAGUCAGCUGAAAGAAACAACAAUAACACAGUCCCUAAACAUGGUCAGCACCCAGACCAGUUUGAAAACCCCUUUCAAAGACUUGACCUCAUUCAAGGGCAACAUGAAACGUCUGUACAGAGAGCGACUGGAAGACGCGCCCAUCAAGAAGCGAGUUAUGGCGGAGAUCAACCUGAAGCGUCGCAGCUUGGAUUCCCUCCCCAAAACUCCCAAGGUGAAAAGGGAGUUUAUCGAAGAACUGUGUCAUGACGACAUGGAUGUGGAGGGCCGGGCUGAACUGCACAUGGUGGGCUCUGCUAAAGCCCUGGACCUGAGCCCUGGGCUCAAACACACAUUGGCCCAGUUCACCCUCAGCAGCCAGAGCUCCCUCGGGGGCCCAGCUGCCUUCUCAGCCCGCACCGGCCACGAGCAUUCCCCGGCCGGCAUGCCUCCCCUGCCCUCCCCUCCUGUUCUGGGAGGGGGCCCUCUGCUGGUUCCCUGUGACAGCUCCACUGAACUCACCCACUCGCUGCUGGAAGGAGAGUCCAUCUCCUGCUUCGUCGUCGGGGGAGAGAAGCGUCUUUGCCUGCCCCAGGUGCUCAACUCCGUGCUCCGCGACUUCUCGCUGCAGCAGAUCAACACUGUGUGCGAUGAGCUCUACGUCUACUGCUCGCGUUGUGAUGCUGAGCAGCUGCACAUCCUCAAGGUGCUGGGCAUAUUGCCGUUCAACGCACCGUCCUGUGGCCUCAUUACACUGACGGAUGCACAGAGGUUGUGCAAUGCUCUGCUGCGUCCUGGGGCGACAUUGCCCUCUGACCCCAGCGGUAAGCUGUCAACCCAGGGCCUGCUGAAGGAGAGCGAAGCCAGUUUCCAGGUGGAGCACCAGUGUUUGGGGAAGUGCCAGGGUCUCUUUGUGCCCCAAUUCUACACCCAGCCGGAGGCCCACUGUAUCCAGUGCAUUGAGUGCCAGUUGCUCUUUUCACCGCAGAAGUUUGUCAUGCAUUCACACAAGUCACCCGAUAAGAGGACCUGCCACUGGGGCUUUGACUCGGCCAAGUGGCCCUGCUACCUGCUGCUUGCCAGGAAGUACCAAGGCAUGCCAGAGGAGCCAAAGCUCAAGCAGCUCCUAGAUGAGGUCAAAGAGAAGUUCCACUACCAGCUCAAGAGGUCGCUAGAAAAAAGGGCAGAGGAUGAGGAGGAGGAGAGCCAGGUGAGGAAACCCCCGGCAGAUCUCUGCUCCCCCAGCAGCAAGUUGGCCGAGUCCGACCCUGCAAGAAAGGGGAACACAUCUCCACCUGCUCUGGUGUUCAAUCGUCUUUUCUCUGACAUCAAGGAGGAGCCAGAACACCCCUCCCUGGUCCAUCCCAGUUACUACGUGUACACAUACGAUAAGAUGGUUGCUCCCAACGUGUCUCUGCAAAGGGAGGCGGAGAUGAGCCCCGAGAUGUUCGGAGCGCUGCUCAAACACCACUACAGCCGCAGAGCGCUGGGACACGACGAGCCGCCCAUGGAUCUUCACGCGUCGCCUCCCGUCGCUGCUUGCGCCGAGGAGACCAAAUCCCAUCGUGCCGUUGCUGCCUCGGCCACAGAGCGGGAAUGCCAAACCCAGGCAGUUUCCAUGGCGACAAGCAGCCCAAGCUGCAAGAAAGCCACCCACACCCCCGCCCACUCCCCUCCUCCUGCUCCCACUCCUGUGUCGUUGUUGUCGCCGGUAACGGAAGUAGCGGUUAAGGACACGGGCUCUGCUGCGAGCGGCGCUGCAGUGGUGGGGGGGGUGGAGGACGACAAGGACAGGAUUGUGGUGGAGAUCAUGCAGAUGUACGGCAGGCAGCAGGAGAAGCUCAACUCCACCCUGCACAAGCAGCUGCAGCUGGAAAUGGAGCUGGAGGCGGUGCGUGGGGGCGAGGCGGCCCGGCUACGAGAGCUGAGCGCCGAGCAGAGGGAGCUGCGCUGCGAGCUGGAGGCCGUGCACAGCGAGCAGGCGCGACAGCUCAGCCAGGCCCGCCAGGAGCAGCUGGAGCUGGAGACCCGUCUGGAGCAGCUCCGGCAGCAGGCCUGCGCCUGCGAGCCGGGCGCUCAGCGCCAGCAAGAGGCCCACUACACCGCACAGUUGUCGGAGCUCCGUCAGAGGCUGGAGCGGGCGGAGGCCGACCGGCAGGAGCUGCAGGAGGAGCUGCGCCAUGAGCGGGAGGCGCGGGAAAAGCUAGAGCGCACAAUCAGCCAGCUCAAGCAGCAGAUGGUGCAGUCUGCCACGGUGGGAGGCAGCCCCUCUCCUCCUCUUACCCCUUCAACCGGACCCCCUAACGCCCACUCCCCACACUCCUCCUUCUCAGAGGCCCCAGCGGCUGGCCAAAAGUAACUGCCACCCCCCCUCAGGCGCCUCCCUCAUUCAUCUCCCCGUUACCCGCCAACUCUACAGACACAAACAGCCUGAAGCUGAACGGCUGUUUUGAAGUUGAGCAUCUCCCCCUUGCCUCCAGUGUAGGACUGACUUUUGAUUUUGUAAUUUAACAUCACUUAAAUGUUGUGUUUUUUUUAUUUUUGCUUUCUUUUGCUCCCCUAUCCUGUCUUUAAAUUGUAUUUAAAGAUGUUUUUGGGGCAUGUAUGUUUGAUUUAAUUUAUAGUUUUUACUGAACAAACAGCUGCUUCACAGACGGGAGUUUGGUAGAGACAAACUCAACCCAUCAUGAUUUCCCCCUCACGACUGUCUCCCUCCUCUCCCACCCGUCUCUCUGGAUUCUGGAGCUCAUGCCUUGGAGAUUUCAGACUCCAGCCCGGACACACAGACUCGUCGUGCUACUACCUGGCACAGCAGCCGGUGCCAUCGGACACAAAAUGGCGCCCGGUUGCAUGCCCCUUCUCCAUCUCUCUCUGUACCUACAGCCCAAACACUCGAGUACCAGCGACUGCAGGAAACUGCAUGGACAUUUUAAUACAGUUUUGUUUUGUUGCUCCUUAUAAAACACAGAAAGAAAAAGUCUAAUAUGUCAAAUACAUCAAAUCUAUAUGGAGGAGAAAGACCUUUACUGUACAAAAAAAAGACCUCAUGAAAAUAUGCCAAUUGUGACGCUGAACUUGGAAUGAGUGUUUUGAGUGGGACCCUUUCAAGGUAGCUAGCUAACUCUUCUGGCCUGGACUCCAGCUGCUCCUCACACCCUUUCCUCUUCCCUCUUCCUCCGCUGUAUGCUAGCGAUUGCCCUCUGCUGGAAAACUCCUUAACACUGUGGUUUUCACCCACUUUAGGCUAGACAGGAAACACUGUGCUCUUUUCUUGGCUUGGCUUGGAAGAAGCUCACGAGCGGUGUUAUGCACUUAACACGCUCUCCUCCCCCAGAAUCCCCUGGGAGAGGAAUGUGUCGGGACUCGGGGGGCCGGUUGUGUAGCUUUUCUAAGAAAGAGGGAAGUCUCACAUGUGCAGUAGCUAGCUGCACUGUGUUACCAUAAUAAUACAUGCAACAUCCCCGAGUGUGUCGGUGCAGAACAACGGGGCAGAGGAUCAAAGCUCCGGGCUGUCCCUGUUUUCGGGGGUCCUCUUUUUGUAUCGUUUGACUUCAUUGUCAACAGACGUUUUUUAUGCAGCGCCCCGGUUUGUCAGAGCUUCAUCUAGGAACGUGGGUGGCAGGUGAAAGCCGUUAGUCUGCGGUGGUUUGGGUCUGGCCCCCUGCUUCACGUUAUUCUGCCUGGCUGAACAAACAGCACCGGCAGGAAGGGGAGGCGAGGAUUGAGGGGAACUCGGGGGGCACUGGUGCUUUCCCCCUGUUGCAGGCUGGGUGGCCGAGACGCCAGGGGGACACGGGGAGCCCGUUUUUUUGUUUUGUACCUUUUUAGAAUGGGGGCAGCUGUUGUUGCCUGUGGGCCUCUGAUCGCCCUCCACUGAG